AUGUUCGUCCGUCAUUUCAAAGAAGUAUCUUCGGAGGUUUUGGUUUAUAAGGAGCAUGACGUCGGCGGGCGUUCUGGAAGGAAGGAAAAAGGGGAAGGAAGUUCCCAACUAAAUAAGAAAAGAGACCUAGAAACCGUACAUUCGUUUACCUCGGCGUCCUACACCGCAAACGCUGGGAAGGGAAAGGACACCAACGGGAGCUGCGGAGCAGCGUACAGGCCAAUACAAGAAAUCACAGCGGCUAGUCCCCAAUUUCUAAAACUUCUAAACCAAAUAAAACAGUUCCCAUCACCGAAGGCGCCCGCGCAUAAGGAAAGAACGAGGCUGCAACAACAAAUGACAACCAUUCAUCACACUAUUCUCCAUUUUACCAUCCGGAAGAAGUGCAGCACCGCAUUCACCAUGCUUCAGUAUUACCAAACAAAGAAUGACAUUGCCAAUAUGCUCACAUGA